UCUGGUUCUCCACACGGGUGGCCAGAGCUGCUCUGACCCUACUGUCAGUUUGAAACUGCCAGUUCCAGAGCACAGUGCAAGACCAAGGUGCAAACAGGGUGAGAAGGAAGUGAAGACUACCCGAGGGAAGGUUCUGAGAGGCCUGAUGGGAAACUGUCUGCAGAGGACAACCAGGUGGCAGCUGGACAUGCAGGAAACGCCUUGGAAUCUGAGACUCCAAAAUGCCAAGGGAAGAACAUGCAGAUAUUUCAGGAGCUGGAGUUGUCACAUCGUUGAAGGAUGCUCCUGCCUUCCUUGGAAAAACGUAAGCACAUUUAAAGCCAGACAAGAGUCUCCAAAGCAAAAUGAAGGGAUGACUUCAGCUCCCGUUCAGGACAAUGCUAAUGAGACCUACGCUGAAGAGUUGUGCUACAUCCUUGUGGAUCACAAUGCUGUCAGGGAAAGGCCAUCAGCAAACCCUGCUGAGGGGUUCUAUGAGAAUGUCUCUAACAAGGCUGAGAGACACAGAGAGUCUUCAAGAGGAACAGAGACUGAGUAUUCGGUUCUCCGUUUCCCUUCUACCCCUCAGCCCUCACUUCCUGCAGAAGAUGAAUAUGAACUUCUUGUGCCCAGCAGAUUCUCUUCACGUGCUGUUCAACAGCCACAGCCACUUACAGCCCCCUAUGAGACCCACUUUUCUCAUCUACAAUGAAGUGACUAGGUUAGAGUUUGUUUAGCACUGACAGAUAAAAGUAGGAGUUAGGGACUCUAGGUGAAGUAGUCAUGGGUCACGGAGAUCCUUAGCUUAUUUCUUCUGAAGGAACUGGGCAGGGCAGACUCUGCAAACCACAAAGCCUCUCACAGUCUGACAAUAGCCAUUCAAAAAUUAGUCAACUGUCUUGAGCAUCGCAUUGAAAACAGGAGUGACCACCUUUGUUUCUAAGUGCUGUUAAAAAUAAUCUGUGGUCGGAAGGGCUGCCGGAAUUGACACUGGGGUAUACCACAAAGGGCUCUGCUCUUCUCACUAAAUUCUUAUGAAUUAUCCCCACAACUGUACUCUGCAUUCAGGGGCAGCUUACUCAUCAUGUUCCAUGACCCCAGAGAAAAUCCCUCAUCACUGUUAAGUUCCAGCUCAGCACCACUAGCUAUGGCAACCAGCGAUAUUCCUUUUAUUCCAUGGGUCUAAGAUGUGUCCUUUACGCAGUGUCCUUGGCCUCAUGGUGCCCAUGACUUAGAAUUUACUGUACAGUCAUUAAUAUAAUUUUAAACUAUAUAUUUAAACUUUGAGUUUCUUGUCAGAAUUGUCUUUCUCUUAUCUAUGGUGCAGGAAAACAUUCUCAGAACCUCCUCCACACUAGACAAGUGAUCUGCCAUAAAGAGACAGCUCAAACACCGCCACAUUAAUCUCAGUAGAACCACCAUAGUGUCAGAGACUGUAUGUGGAAAGUUUCUGGAGAGAUUUUAACCCCAUUAUCUUUUUUUUUCCCCUGAGAGAAAAUUGUUUGCCUCCUGAUACAUUAUCGGCAUUAGUGGCAGAACUUUUUUUUGUUUGUUUGUUUUUCUGAGUGAGGUUUCUCUGUAUAGCCCUGUCUGUACUGGAACUCACUCUGUAGACCAGGCUGACCUCAAACUCAGAAAUCCACCUGCCUCUGCCUCUGUCUCCCAAGUGCUGGGAUUAAAGGCAUGCGCCACCACUGCCCGGCUAGUGGCAGAACUUUAUUUCAGCUUCCAAGUCAGUGUUGCUGGUGUGUACUCCAUAUGAUACAGUAAAUUUCUCCAUAAAUGGUCCAGCAUGCAUGACAUGUGCACAUGGGAGAAGUGAGACAUAUCUCUUCUCUGUGAGCACCCCUCUCUGACUCCAGUCUUUAUUUUCCAUCACUGUUUUCUUUGGAAUUUCUGGAAUCAUGUCUAUGCUGUGUUAGCCAAUUAUGUACAACCUACUGACUGACCCAAUCUAACCCACCAGUUGUUUUUUUGUAGAUAAGUGUUUAUUGAAACACAGCUGCACUGAUUUGUCUACAUACUAUCUAUGGCUGCUCAAGCAUAGUAAAAUGGAUUUGUGACACAGACCAGAGGCAUUACAAAGCUAAAUAUAUCUGUAAUUUAACCUAGUCUAGAUAAUAAUUUUGCAGACCUCUGCCUUAAAAGUCACCGUUUGAGAUAAAUUGGAGAGGAUUACAUUUGAUUAUUGCCACACCCAUUAUGAGCAGAGACCAAUGAACUGACAGGAAAAUAUUAAACCACAAAGGAGAUGAGCAAGACUAAAACAAUUACUAGCAAAUGAGACUAUUUGUACAUUCACACCUGCAUCCGCAAGGUGUUGUUUUAUUUACCUCACGGCCACUGUCCUAAUUUCAGGGAUGCUAAAAUGUCAAGAUGUUUGUUGAGAUGAGUUUGGAAGGUAAUAUUUAUUUAAUUACUGUUUUGUUAUCAAAGAUGAGUAACUUUUUACUUAAAAUGCCCCAAGGCAUUAGGGAGGUAGCUCAGUACUAGAGUCCUUGCCUAGCAUGUACAAAGCAUACAGAGACAGAGAGACAGAGAGACAGAGAGACAGAGAGACAGAGAGACAAAGAGACAGAGAGACAGAGAGACAGAGACAGACAGACAGACAGAGAGAGGGGGGAGGGAGAGAGAGAGAGAAAGCACAAAACAGGCCAAGUGCCCACUAAGAGGAAAUGCAAUGGCUUAAGGUCUUUUGGGUGACUUUGCUGAGACACAAACCAGUUGGUCACCUUCAGCUAAAGAGCUAAUAAGAUUUCAGUACCUUGGUCUCCAUUAACUUCUUUUCUUUACAGAUAUCUUUCAUCCAGAAGCCUAAGUGCAGUGUUUGGCCAGAAGUCACUUGGGUUCAAAGGAUGUGUUCACGGACAUAAGAAAUGCUGUAUAAAACGUAGCACGUGGCUUGUGGGGGAAAAAAGUGUAGGCUAGAGAUUGGUUCAAACUUAGUUUCCUUUCACGUUCCUUUCAGCCCGAUCCACAUACUUACAGGCUCAAUCUACUGCACUCAUACAUUGGAGGGCUGCAUCUGAUAUAUAAUCAUCCAUUCUAGUUUGCUUUAUACAUUGGAGGGCUGCAUGUGAUAUAUAAUUAUCCAUUCUAGUUUGCUUUCAGCUGCUUGAAUAAAACAAUGACCAAAAGCUA